AUGAGCUCCACGGCGACAGCGGCGGCGGCACCGGAGUGCGGCGGCCCCAAGACGUCGUGGCCGGAGGUGGUCGGGCUCAGCGUGGAGGAAGCCAAGAAGGUGAUCCUCAAGGACAAGCCCGACGCCGACAUCGUCGUGGUGCCUGUCGGCUCCAGUGUGACCACCGAUUUUGUGGCCAACCGCGUGCGUAUCUUCGUCGACACCGUCGCCCAGCCGCCCCACGUCGGCUGA